AUGGAGUAUAUAAUAUUCAAUCAUCGAGGUCAGGCCAACAGCGUCGGUCGGAAAGUAGAAAAAUCACAAUUAUCCGGGGAGAUAUUAGUCGAAAACUAACGCGGGUCCCCAGUAAAUAUGCGCAAGCGUAAAUUGUACAUACAGUGAAACGAAUGCAGCCAGCGUGCGAAGCACUAAAAGCGAAAAACGCCAGAAACAGAAACAAGAAGGAAUUGCAGCUGCAGUCACGUCGUGGGCCAAUCCCAAUCCCAUUAGUCCCCACCCGGAGCUGGAGUGGUAGCCUAACAUGGAUAUAGAAGUCAAGCAUAGAGAUUAGCCGAAUCCUUUGAAUUUUAAAUUCAAGAUCCUAAUUUAAUAUAGCCAAGUAGCAUAGCGUAGUCUAUAGCCCCUAGCCAGCGGAACGGUUCCAAGCCGCAAGCAACUCGCGUUCGUAGUCCAGAUCGUUCCUUAACCGAAUCCCCCGGACACCAGCGAAAAAAACCACAGAGGCACUUCGAGGAGCAACAUCAUCAUGACGACCGACACCCGCCGACGCGUCAAGUUGUACGCGCUGAAUGCGGAGCGCCAAUGGGAUGACCGUGGCACGGGUCACGUGUCCUCCACCUACGUGGAGAGGUUAAAAGGCAUCUCGCUUCUGGUUCGCGCCGAAUCCGAUGGAUCGCUGCUUUUGGAGAGCAAGAUACAACCGGACACCGCCUACCAGAAGCAACAGGACACACUGAUUGUGUGGUCCGAGGGCGACAACUUUGACUUGGCCCUGAGUUUCCAGGAAAAGGCGGGCUGUGACGAGAUAUGGGAGAAGAUAUGUCAGGUGCAAGGCAAGGAUCCCUCUGUAGAGAUAACACAGGACAUUGUCGAAGAGUCUGAGGACGAGCGUUUUGAGGAUAUGUCGGACACCGCGCCACCCAUUGAGCUGCCACCCUGCGAGCUUUCCCGGCUGGAGGACAUUUCGGAAACGAUACAGAGCUGCCUCUCUACGCCGCUGCGCAAGGAGAAGCUAUCAAUGGCCCUGGAGUCGGAGAGCUAUAUCAAGAAGCUGCUGAACUUGUUCCACGUGUGCGAGGACCUGGACAACACCGAGGGUCUGCACCACCUCUUCGAGAUCUUCAAGAACAUUUUCUUGCUGAAUAAGAACGCGCUCUUCGAGAUAAUGUUUGCGGAUGACACCAUCUUCGAUGUGGUCGGGUGCCUUGAGUACGAUCCGAGCGUGGCUCAGCCCAAGAAGCAUCGCCAGUAUCUGAAGCAGUUGGCCAAGUUCCGCGAGGCGGUGCCGAUCAAGAACCAGGACCUGCUGGCCAAGAUCCACCAGACGUUCCGGGUGCAGUACAUCCAGGACAUUAUCCUGCCCACGCCGUCGGUCUUUGUCGAGGACAAUAUGCUGAACACUCUGUCCAGCUUCAUCUUCUUCAACAAGGUGGAGAUUGUCACAAUGAUCCAGGACGAUGAGCGCUUCCUGCUCGAUGUGUUCGCGGUGCUGACGGAUCCCGCCACCGGCGAUGCGAAACGCCGCGACACAGUCCUCUUCCUGAAGGAGUUCUGCAACUUCGCCCAGAACCUGCAGCCGCAGGGCAAGGACUCGUUCUACAAAACUCUCACCUGCCUGGGCAUCCUGCAGGCGUUAGAACUGACACUCGUGAUGAACGACAAGAAGACCAAGUCGGCCUCCAUCGAUAUCCUCACGGCCAUCGUUGAGUUCUCGCCGUUGGUGGUGCGCAACUACACGCUCAACCAGGCCAACAGGCCGGAGGGGGAGCGUAUGCUACUGAACAUUGCCAUCGAACAAAUGCUGAACGACUCGGAGCCGGAGCUUGGUAUUGCGGUGCAGCUGAUGGGAAUCGUUAAGAUCCUGUUGGAGCCGGAGAACAUGCUCACCGAGAAGGGCGAUUUUCUCAACUUCUUUUACAAAUACAGUGUCCAGACGUUAGUGGCCCCAUUGAUGCUUAACACCAUGGGCGACCGUCCGCAGAACGAGGACUAUCAGACGGCCCAGCUGCUGGGCAUCGUCCUGGACAUUCUGUCGUUCUGCGUGGAACACCACAGUUAUCACAUCAAAAACUUUUUGCUGCAAAAGGAUCUCCUCAAGCGAAUUCUGGUGCUGAUGAAGAGCACACAUACGUUCCUUGUCCUCGGCGCCCUGCGACUUCUGCGCAAGAUAAUUGCACUCAAGGAUGAGUUUUACAACAGACACAUUGUAAAGUGCAAUCUGUUUGCGCCGGUGGUGGAUGCCUUCAUCCGCAACAACGGCCGCUACAAUCUGCUGGAGUCGGCCAUCCUGGAGCUGUUUGAGUUUAUAAAACUCGAGGACAUCCGUACUCUGUGCGUUUACUUCGUGGAGAACUUUAGCAAGAUAUUUGAUGAAAUCGAAUAUGUGCAGACAUUCAAGUACUUGAAGAAUCGCUACGAUCAGUACCAGGAUCGGCUAAAGGACCGCGACAAGAUGGAGAACCGCACGGACGGUGGCCUGCCCAUCAUCCGUAGCGGUGGCCGGUUUCGUCGGGAUCAGCGGCAGAUGGAGGAAGAGGAGGAGAUGUGGUUCAAUGAGGAGGACGAUUUCACUGAGGAGAUCGACACCUACAGCAAUGUCAUGAAAUCCGUCAGCGAAAAGAAUGGCCCGCAAACGCAAAACCAGCAGAAAUCCUCUCCGCCGCACAGUACGUCGCCGCACAGUGGUUUGCUGGGUAACCUGAGCACCACCGCGUCAUCCACUGCCACAUCCGCCUCGUCAGGCGCUCCAGUGGCCAGUGGCAGCAGUAGCCCCGAGGCGAUCUCAGCCGACGAGCAGACGCAGACGGCAGUGCAUUUAGUCGCCGCUGCCAACAUCGCACUUCAGCACCACCAGCAGCAGCAGCAACAGCAGCAGAACCCAUUCCAGCAACAGACCCAGCCCGAAAUCGCGGAGCUGCAACAGCAGCUGCGCGGCGUGGAGACGCCACAAAGCCAGGACCUGGAGCUGUCGCAAUCGGCCGUAGCCAGCGUAUCGCCCUCUUCGUCAUCCUCGUCUCUGGAGGCAUCCACGUCCUCUUCAUCGGCGUCCUCGUCUUCAUCCUCGUCGUCAUCGUCCUCGCCGCCCGGGUCAUCCUCGGCCGCAUCUCUUUCCGACUCGGCGACAGUGGCGGCCGUGGCAGCUUCUCAGUUUCUCUCAACGAUCGCCACGGCCAUGGCGGCGUCUGUUACGGCGGCGGCGGCGGCCACAAGCGGCUCCCCCAACCUGUCGCCAGCUCCGGCUGUCUCCAGUCCGGAUAUCGAGAGCGCCGACGCCCAGUUGCCGCCCAGCGAUGACGCCAGCAGCCCGGUCAGCGGGGAUCAAGAUGCGAACAGCGCGGAAGCUGCCAGCAGUGAGGCAGAUAAGGCGACGGGCAAAAAGGGUCUGGUGGACUACGAGAGUGAUUCUGGCGAAGAUGACUACGAGGAGGACGAGGACUCCGAGGGGCCACAAGCACAAAAGCGCGCGCGUCUGGCAUAGUUGGCAGAUGAUGAAUACAGCGGCAUCAAUUAUAAAUUAGUACACACAUAACAGAACACAACCAACCACGGCAUACAACAAACAACAAGCAACACACAGACCCCCAACACACACACCAACGAAUGUUAGGAUCGCAUUGGCGGCAACGACAGGACAGCACAGCAGACAGCCGUACGAUGUAAGAUCGAACAAGAAAGCAUACAAUUAAAUUUUAGCAUAAAAUUUAUUUUAAAGGAGGAGCAAACAACACCUAAAGUAAACGAGAAAUUAUAAAUCUUACUUUACUAAAUUAAAUAACUACAUAUAAAUAUAUAUAUUCAAAUAUAUAUGCAUAUGAAAACACAGCUAACUAUAAAUGAUCAGCAUCCACAGGCAAAGAUGCAGAGAUGCAAACGAGUGCGUGUUGUUCGCGAGUUGGCAAAGCAUUAACGAAACAAACCAAAAUAAAAUGUAUUUAGUAGUUAAAUCCCACACAAGAGAAACGCAGCAAAAAGGAGGAGGUGCCGUCAGGUGGUGGAGGACAUUUGUACACAGGCAACAUCCAUUCGCAAUGUCCCUAGUAUAUCAGCAGUUAACAGAUCCUGUGAAGUUGGCUGCCGGCUUAGAAUGUCGGUAUUUGAAGGACAAUUAAUAAAAUUGUGUCUUGCGCCUAGCUUAGUUGUAAUGCUUAGAGUUAAUCACUUUUACUAUCAUUACCUAUGAGAACGAUUUCCUGCCAAUUGCACCACUAUCACUCGUAGCGCUGUUUUCAACUGACAAUUUGAGUAAACACUUCUUAUCGCAAAAGCCUUUAUAAAAGUUUCUAUUGCAAACAGCGCUGUAACAUCUUAAGCAACGUACAUCUGUGUUAUGUUACUAAAUUUUAAAUUUUGAACUAUUCCUAAAACAGUAAAAUUUGUAUCAAUUGUUUUUUUUUUGUUUAAUUGUUUUUUGAAUAACAACCAGAAGCCAUGGUUGCCAACUUGACAAAAACUGUUAAUCCCUUGAGUUAGACGCAGAUAACACUUGAACCCAAUGAACCUUGUAUAUAAUUUAGUCAGUCUCAAUACGCGAUUAGUUGAUAACUGCCCUAGCACCACUGACGCCCACAUUAAGCCCAAACAAUUGAUCUUGAAGGAAUCGAAGGUUUUGCACAUUAUCGAGCAGAUUGAAUUUCAAACUCUUGUGGGUGAUAACUUGAGAAGCGUUGUCUGACUGUGUAAUUAAAAACAAUUGUUGCGCUAUCCUUGCAUUAUUGAAACACACUCACCACAAACACAUCAAUAAAUAACUAAUUAUAAUGAUAACAAAUAGAUCGUAAAAUAAAACUAAAGUGGGGUAAAAAAACAUCAGCAAACAAAUAACAAUAACGUAAAUUAAAAUAGUCUCUUCAGUUCUCGUGUAAGUUUUUUUUUUUCAUAUUUAACGUUUAAUUUGUAUUGAACGACUGUAGAUGGGCUCACUUGGAACCACUCCACUCCACCCACAAACGCAUAAAUACGUUCGCCCACGCUAUAACCAAUCGACAUCCCACAACCACAAUGACAGAAAGUAAUAAAGUUAUUUGUUAAUAAUCGUAUUUGCCAUGUGCGUUGCGUACUGUACUACAUUUAUUUAUUUUAGUGUUUAAAAGAACUUGUCACUGCAAACGGUUUCCCUUGAGCAACCGAUCGUUUGUUCCUCUCCCGAAGCCCACGAUCUUAAGAAUACACCCAUGAUAAAGCCGCGGAGAACGUAUCCAUACAUAUAUCCUUCCAAGUUGAUGUUUUGUUUGAUUGAUUGAGCAACAUUAACAAGACGCAUUCGCAAAGUGCAUGAACAAGAAUGAUGAAUAAAAA